AUGAUGUGUUUACGCUUUGAAGUGUUGGGCAAUCAUCUGUGCAUGUAUGCAUUUGAAGGCGAGUCGGUGGUCGGAAAAGGCCGCCAAAUCGAUAGCGCAACGUCGGUCGGAGCCGAGCAGGCGAGCGCGGCUGGUUCACCCAGUUGGCAGGCGGGGGCUGGCAUGCCACCAGGUCAGCCCGCUCGCCCGUACUCUCCACGCGUGGUGUAUUUCUGUGGUACGCGUCACCUGCCUGUGCUAUUACUGAUCCCCUAC